AUUCCCUGUCAUAAGCCUCGCCUGCUAGCAGGAUGGCUGAAAGUCAAUUCAAGGGAGGGCGGGUGAAAAUCAAUGUUGGUGGUACUAUGUUCGAAACUUCACUCUCCACUCUUAAAAAAUUCGAAAAUUGCAUGCUCUUCUCUAUGGUUGCUGAUCGUUGGAAAGGACAAGAUGAGCUGUUCAUUGACAGGAAUCCAACCUAUUUUGCAUAUGUGCUUGACUACUUGAGAGAUGGAGAGUACGUCGUUCUCCCUGACGACGACAACUCUUUGAAAUGCCUUCAAAGAGAAGCUGAGUUCUAUAAUCUGCCCAGCCUUACUAAGAUGUGCUCUGCGAAACUGCAGCAUGCUGCUAACCGAAAUGAAACAGCACAGGGUCUUCCAUUCCCAAGACCUGAUGGAGUAGCAACGGACGCGAACCGUGGCAGUGAGCACGAGCGGAAUCGAUCGGAAGAGAACUCUGCUGUCAAGGUCCGGGCAAGAUCGUCUGAAAGCAGGCUGGAAUUCGUUUUUGAAGCAAACAGCAAAGGGGAUAUCGCUUUUGACGAGUCGGAACCGAGCACCAAGAAUAAGCGCCAUUUGGUCGAACACAAGCUUUUCGGACAGGUUAUCACACGAUUGGCAUGCUCUAUCGUGCAUGGCAAAAAGUGCGCGCGAUUUGAAAGCAAGGCUUAAAUAAACAAAUUGCGUGUUUA